AUGAAUCUUUGGCUCCAACUUCUUCCCUUUGUGGUCACCACUGCCUUUUGCAAAGUUACUCUUGCAGAAAUCUUUGCUUACGUGGCUUAUAAUGACAGCUCCAAGUGUGUUGCUUAUAAAGCCCUGCCUGCAUGCUUUGGGCCACGACUCCCAGCAGAAGGGCUGACAGGGUAUUUGGUAAGAGUGAUACCACCAAAUGCUUGUCAUGCAAUAGAGAAUCCUCCAGCACCAAGGCAGGCCUCCGAGACAUAUAUUGCACUCAUACAGGGGUAUGGCUGCUCUUUUGUCAAAAAGGUCCUUCAUGCCCAGCAGGCUGGAUACCAAACUGCUGUUGUGUACAAUGUGGAUUCAGAGGAAUUGUCUACCAUGAUGGCUGAUGACAAAGAAAUCCAGCAGCUGAUUGAGAUACCAUCACUCUUUACUGGACAAUCAGUCUCCCUCCACUUGCAAAGGACUUUGCAGUGCGCGAAAGGGGUGUAUGUCAGACUUCUACCACCCAAACUCUAUUUGAGUGCUUGUCAAGAAAACACCAAAAUGCUGGAGAAAACUUUCACCACGAAGGAUUGCAGGGACCUAUUCUACAUCACUAUUGCCAAUACCUUAAUUAUAGUUGGCUUAAUCUGGUACAAGAGGGCUCACAGGACAAAGCUGCACACAUACAAGAAGGGAGACAAACAUGAGACCUGUGUGAUCUGCAUGGCAGGGUACAAGGAAGGGGACCACUUGAAGAUCCUGUCCUGCUCCCAUGCUUACCACAGUGUCUGCAUUGACACUUGGUUCCGCACCCUGCCUGGGAAGAAGACAUGUCCCUUCUGCAAGCAAUCAGUGAACACCUAUGGGCAAGGUGACCUCCUGCCAGAGCAGGCUGGUGAAGAUGCGAAUGAAGAGGAAUGGGACCAGGAAGAUGAUGCAUUCAGAGAAGGCCAUGAAGAUGAAUAUGCUGAAGAGGAGAAAGAUGAUGCAAGCUCAGUGGAAGGGGAAAGGUUUGAUGCACCGGAGAACAACAUCACUUGA